ACAGCUAUAUUCAAAGGAUCCCCCAUGUCCUAUUAUUAUUUCCGUAGUCAUCUGACUGCGAUUUGGGUGAAGCACUCUUUUUACUUGGAGUUGAAUUUCAGUAAGUUUAGUGAAGAUAUGGAAGCGUGCCAUCCACACAUUAAUAAAGAUUGCCUCAUUCAUAUUUUUACUUUCUUUGAUUACAACCAAUUGAUAAACGCCUCAAGUGUUUCUCAGGACUGGCAUGAAGCUGCGGAGACUUCCUGGUUGUGGAGGCGGCUGUGCCUUCAGCACUGGGGUUUUUGCAACGUGGCGGUGGUUGGAUGUGAGAACCAGAGACAAGCAUGGAAGAGAUACUUCCUACGACGCUCCCACCUGGAGGAGAAGAUGUCCAAAGGGCGGGCCGGUGCUGACUUCACCUGCAAUAGUCUGAGAGGCCAUACAGGCAGGGUGGUGGGCUUGGGGUACUUGGAGGGCAACGAGGCCCGUUUCGCUGACGUCGGCAGCGGAAACGCCACCAUCUGCACCGCCUCCACCGACGGAACCGUCCGGGCCUGGGAUGUCCAAAAGGGGGAACAGUUGUGGUGCAGUCCUGUCCAAAGCCCGUUGACUGCUAUGGUCUGUGACCGGGAGCAAGGGGUAGUGAUGACGGUAGACUACACGGGCCUUGUCAAGACCUGGCAGGGUCGAACGGGCCUGGAAUUGGCCUCCUACGCUUCAGGAUCUCCGCACUGCUCAUUACUACAGUACACCAUCAACAACCACUCCUUCCUCUCUGUAGGAACCAAUCAAGGAUUCUUGUCCACUUUAGUCCGCCCUGCUUUGUCUUUAAAUUCCCAAUUACUUGUAUGUGACUCUCUUCCGGUCAACCUACUGCUCGUUUCUCCGGACAAGAAGUGGGUCUUCGCUGCAUCCAAAAACAACGCUAAUUCCAGGCCAAAGGUGAUCUACGCUGAGAGCUUGACCUCUGCCUCUGAGGGGGAGCCCCAGUGCCAGUGUCUGCCAGUCACCGAGUGCCAAGCGGCUGUCUUCAUACCCACCCAACCUGCCCGGCUGGCCACCAUCCAUCCCCUGGGCCACCGCUCGGUGGACAAAGCCCUCACUGUGUUGGACGUCAACAUGAAAAAGACCAAGUACAAGACGGAGAUCCAGGUCCAGCAGGUGGCAUCGUCUACUUUGCGGUUAAAGUGCAGAGCUUCUGACAUCUUGCUGGAAGCCAAGGACAGCAGCGCUCUAGUGGUGGCGGCUGACCAGGAACUCUGGCUCUUCUCGCUACAGGGAGUCUGUCUCGCUAGCUUCAAGAACCACACUGAACCCAUCUCCUCCAUCAGUGUGGAUAGUUUCCGUGUUGUGACAGCGUCGAGGGACCUCUCCCUACGGGUGCUGACGUGGAAAGAGGACGGAGACAAAGGAUUGACCCUGGAAAACCGCUACCACCUGCUGGGCGGCUCGCACACCAUGUCCAGGGGGUUCACUCACGUGGACUGUGACUACUCCAGCAUCGUGGCCUGUGCAGAGGGCCGAGAUGGAAAGGAUGUCCUGAGGGUGUACACGUUUACCUCCUGAGGGCCCUGGAGGCCCCCUGGGAAGACGCUUGGAACGAGGCAGGGGACACGGCCCAUCAGAAGGAGUUUUGCUUGCUUUUUAUUUUUGUCAUACAGAACUGAACAGAAGAACGCAUUGUGCUUCGGCAAUUAGGCAUAACAUGAACAUGUGCAUGUUUAACAAAUGGGUUUAUAUGUCAACAUCACGGCUUGUUGCUACUGUAAUGGAAGAGGCAUUGAUAUAUAUUGUGGCUAAUUAUGUUUGUAAAUGCCUUUUGGUAAGGUAAAUCCUUCAAGAUAAUCUGUCAAAUUUAUAUUUGUCGUACUUUUGUGGCUGAUAUAUUUCGGUGUAUCUCCAAAGUGUUAAGGCAUAUACUGUACUGUAAAAAACUGCUCUAUGAUUUGGUCCUUAAUGCAUUCGCUGUACUCCA